CAGGCGGCUGUAUUGAGGAAAGAACUGUAAAAUAUGCCAACAUGGCAGAGGAACCCACAUCUUCCUCUUCUGUGCCCAGUUAUAUCGGAGCAGCAAUUUUCAGUGUUUUUCUCAUAAUUAUCUUAUUCGUUGUAAUAUUUGGCUUACUGCAAGCACGGAGUCGUAAAAAGCUUUGCUGGCAACAAGGAUAUGAGAAACUGCCCAUGUAUUAUGCCAAUGGGGCCAUGACAACUGCUCUGCCUAAAGAUAGAGACUAUGUAGAUGAGGACAGUGAAGUAGAUGAGUUCGUAAAGGACAACACUGAAUGUAGUUAGCUUUCUGAAAUAGUAUACACUGCAUUAAAGUAGAGCUGCUGUCAAAUGACUCCUAAUCCCCUUCUCUUCAUAAUCAAAACCACACUAUGUGAUAAACCAUUGGAAAGUUUCUACCGUUAUGAAAGGAGUGGGAAAAUGCAU